AUGAUGACUAAAGAAGCUAAAUGGGAACAAUCUCUGGCCGAGACCAAACUUCCCGUAGUGCUUAUGUUUACGUCCGCCGAAUAUUGCGGUGUUUUCUGCGUUAUAAUGGAGAAUCAAUUGACUCGAUUGUAUAUAGACUACCCUGGAAAAUUGCAAAUCUACGAAGGCGACAUUACGUCGAACCCAUCCCUUGUACAACUUUAUCGAAUAAACGUUGUCCCGACCGUCAUAGUCUAUAAAGAUGGAACAAAUAAAGAAACAGUUCGUUACGAACUUCUUCCCGAUUGGCGUAAGAUAUAUGAUCUAGUCAGGAUACGUCUAUUCGGUUCCACCUCCGAAUCCGCCCUGCCUCCUUCUGGUUCCGGUCUUGGUUCCACCUCCCAAUCCGCCAUGCCUCCUGGUUUCGGUUCCACCUCCGCCUCCACCUCCACCUUUGCCUCCGCCUCUCCCAUCCCUUCUCAAGUCGGAAAGUAA